GCGCGAAAUCAGGGUGGCCUAAAGGUCACAUGAUGAUGAUGACGUUGAAAAGUCCGUGCAGAAUUCGCGCCGUUGAUGUUAAGAUGGAAGGAGGGAAGCGAACAUCACAUGCAGCAGCUAGGCUGAUAUGCAUAAUAUUCAUUGUCAUUAUUGAGUUCUACACAUGUGUUGAAACUAGAUGUCCGAGAUGUCCGUCCAGUCAUGGUUUGGUCAAUUGCGCUCUCUACGUACAAAGCAACUGUGUUGCCGUCGAUGUCAAUGUCCAGAUACGCGAAAUUCGGGUUGCAAAGUGCGAUGUAACCAUUGUCGUCAACGGAAAGGCGCCGUUUCCAGUAGUGCAGAGCAAACAUGGAACUCAAUGCCAUGAUCAUGAAUUCGUAUAUCACAAGGAAUCAUCUGUAACUGAGGCACCUACAUCUGUAACUGAGGGACCUACAUCUGUAACUGAAGGACCUACAUCUGUAGCCGAGGGACCUACAUCUGUAGCCGAAAGACGAGCCCCCACAUUUUGGCACAGAAUUCAACAAUCACUAAGUGAUGUGGGAACUGUCAUAUUAUUUCAAUAUGCUGAGGGACCUACAUCUGUAGCUGAAGGACCUACAUCUGUAACUGAGGGACCUACAUCUGUAACCAAGGGACCUACAUCUGUAGCCGAGGAACCUACAUCUGUUGCUGAGGGAUAUAGAGCUACAUCUGAGCCCCCCACAAGUUGGCACAGAAUUCAACAAUCACUAAGUGAUGUGGGAACUGGAUUUCUGGCUUGGGCAGUUGCAGUUACAUCAUUAAUCAUAUUUUUUGGGCUGAGGAAACUUGUAAAGUUUUUGAUAAAUCGCUGCUGCCCGGAACUUAACAUUUCGGAUAUACAUUUGUUGUCACCAUCAUCAUACACAACUUCAGCAGACACAGACACACCUCAACAACCUAGACAACAAGCCGCUCAGCAAGGACAACACGCCCCCGCUCCCCAGCCAGGACAACAAGCCCCCGCUGUUCAACCGGCACAACAAGCCCCCGUUCCUCAGCCAGGACAACAAGCCCCCGCUGUUCAACCGGCACAACAAGCCCCCGCUCCUCAGCCAGGACAACAAGCCCCCGCUGUUCAACCGGCACAACAAGCCCCCGCUCCUCAGCCAGGACAACAAGCCCCCGCUGUUCAAUCGGCACAACAAGCCCCCGCUCCUCAGCCAGGACAACAAGCCCCCGCUGUUCAACCGGCACAACAAGCCCCCGCUCCCCAGCCAGGACAACAAGCCCCCGCUGUUCAACCGGCUCAACAAGCCCCCGCUCCUCAGCUAGGACAAGUCCCCGCUGUUCAACUGGGACAACAAGCCCCCGCUGUUCAACCGGCACAACAAGCCCCCGCUCCUCAGCAAGGACAACACGCCCCCGCUCCACAGCAGGGACCAACUACUAGAAGCAAAACAGCAAGAAAGAAACUAAUGUUUGAAAGUCAGUAAGAUUUAAUAUUUUGAUGAAUGUAUAGUCUGUACUUUUAUGAAGUAUGAAAAUUUGAAAUUUUGAUGACGUUGUAUCAAGUAAUUUUUUAAAUGAAUGUACAUGUAGUACAAUGGUAUUGUUUAAUUA